AUGGAGGCAGAAUAUAUAGCCAUUUGUAAAGCUAUUAAAAAAGCUGUAAGAUUCAAGAAGUUUCUUUUGGACCUUGAUGUGGUACCUUUGGUAAUGGAACCCAUAAUGCUUUGUUGCAAUAAUAGUGGAGCAGUUGCCAAUGCUAAAAAAUCAAGGAGUCAUCAUCGUGGCAAGCACAUCGAGAGGAAAUAUCAUCUUGCUGGGCCUUAUCAACCAAAACAUGUUGAAUAUCCAAAGAUACAAGGAAAAUCUCAGUCUCAUCGCUUUCAGGCAAAAUGGUUCAACCAGUUUUCUUGGCUAAAGUAUUCACCUAUAACAAAUAAGGCAUAUUGUUUUUAUUUUAAUCUUUCUCGAAAUGAUGAGAAUCCGUCCAAUUGUUCGACACUGGUAACUUCUGAAUAUAACCAAUGGAAAAGGGUUAAUGAUGGAUUAAAAUAUGCGUUUCUUACGCAUUUGCGAUCAUCGGAUCAUAAUAUGUGUGAGAGAAGAGCUAAAAAUUUAAUGAAACCGUCUCAACAUAUUGAUGAAGUGAUGCAUACCGUAUCGAAUUCAGAAGUUGAGAAACGUCAUUUACGUUAA